AUGGCUUCUGAACUCAAUAAUGGCUUUUUAUUAGAUGGAGAAUUUUACCUGUUCCGCACUCAUUGCGAAAGCUCGAGAAGUCGUGACUAUCUUGUUGUGCUUGAUCGAUGCGUCUUCGACACAUCGCGUUCUAUCAUGAUAUACGGCAGUGAUGGAAAGAGUGAUUUCAAGCGCCCUUUAGUACCCUGGACGUUUCAAACCCCCAUCCCUAUCAACCCAUCACAUCAUUUCCCACCCCUCGGACAGUCACAGCCAAGCCGGGAGACGGAGAAGGAUCACAUCGCAUUUAUAUCGUUAUCAUGGCCUUUUGACAACAUUCUGAGCACAUUCGCUGUCAAAAUCCUGGAGUUUGGAUGUAUGACCGAUGAGUGA